CCCCAGAACGGCUUUGCUGUGGUGCGGCCACCCGGACAUCACGCGGAUCCUUCCACUGCCAUGGGAUUCUGCUUCUUCAACUCGGUGGCCAUUGCGGCAAGGCAGCUGCAGCAGAAAGGGAAACUCAGCAAGAUCCUCAUUGUGGACUGGGAUGUUCACCACGGCAAUGGGACUCAGCAGAUCUUCUACAGAGACCCUGACGUUCUCUACAUCUCUCUGCAUCGUCACGAUGAUGGCAACUUCUUCCCCGGUAGCGGGGCCGCCGACGAGGUUGGUGCUGGCCCCGGCGAGGGAUUUAAUGUCAACAUAGCCUGGACUGGAGGGCUCGACCCCCCCAUGGGAGACCCUGAGUACCUGGCUGCUUUCAGGACGGUGGUGAUGCCAAUCGCACACGAAUUCUCCCCCGAUGUGGUGCUGGUGUCGGCCGGCUUCGACGCAGCUGACGGCCACCCCUGGGCUUCUCCUCCAGGCUUCGGCUACAUGACGAAGCAGCUGAUGAGCCUGGCUGGCGGAGCCAUCGUCCUCGCACUAGAAGGUGGCCAUGACCUGACGGCCAUCUGCGACGCCUCCGAGGCCUGCGUGUCGGCCUUGCUGGGCAACGAGCUGGACCCUCUCCCAGAAGAAAGCAUGAGGCAGAAACCAAACCCCAACGCUGUGCGCUCCUUGGAAACGGUGCUCCAGGUCCAGAGUAAAUACUGGGUGGCUGUGCAGCGCUUUGCCUCGAAGCUGGGCUGCUCCUUCCUGGAGGCGCAGCACCACGAGGCAGAAGAGGUGGAGACGGUCACAGCCUUGGCCUCCCUCUCGGUGGCCGUGAUGGUGGAGAAGAGGCCGCAAGACGAGCCCAUGGAGGAAGAGGAGCCCAUGAACCAGUGA